UAUCUGUAAUCUCCUCUCUCAGCCUCCUCAACUUUUUCUCUCCAACACAAUCCAUGGGAAGAGAAACGACAAUUAGAGACAUCCUAGGAGUUAUCAAAGAUAAGGCAUCGUUAUCCAAAGCAGCCCUACUCUCAAAAUCCAACGUUUCACUUUCUCUCCGCCUAGCCAUACUCCGUGCCACCACCCACGGGCCACCAGCUCCGCCCGAUGACCACCACCUCUCUGCUAUCCUAUCUUUUGGAAACAGCUCACGUACCACCGCCUCGGCUGUCAUCACCGCCCUCAUGGAUCGCCUAAACUCGACUAGCAACUGUUAUGUUGCCUUCAAGUGUCUUUUAAUUAUUCACCACAUCAUUAAGCGUGGACCCUUUAUACUUCAAGACCAGCUUUCAGUUUUUCCGGCCACAGGCGGACAUAAUUAUCUGAAACUCACAGCCUUCCGAGACGGCGCCACCGCCGGAUCAUGGGUUAUCUCAGCAUGGGUGAGAUGGUAUGCUCGUUACUUGGAAACCCUACUUUUCACUUCUAGGGUUUUGGGUUAUUUCCUCUCUCCAUCAUCAAACAGCAUGAUUAAAGACAGUCAAGAAGAAAGAAUCUCACAUGUCUUGAACGUUGACUUGAUCAAGGAUGUUGAUUCUCUGACUGGACUAAUAGAAGAAAUGUGCAAAGCACCUGAUACUACCCAAGUCGAAGGUAACGUUUUAUUAAACGAGGUCAUGGGAUUAUUGGGUGAUGAUUAUUUAUCAGCAGUUAAUGAAAUUUUGUUAAGACUAGGUGAGUUCAAGAAGAGACUGAGUUCCCAGAGUUUUGGUGACUCAGUUGAGUUAAUACGCACUUUGAAGCGGCUAGAAAAUUGUAAAGACAGGAUAGGUAUUCUUUUAGGCAUUAAGAAGCCUUCAAUUGAUAUAUUAUGGAGUUUGACAGAAGAGUUGAAAAAUGAAAUUGAGGUGUUCAAGGUGCACAAAGAAGGUGGAAUAUCACCGAGUUUGAGGAGAGAAAAUGGAAGUGAGUCCGCUCGGUUAGGAAGCGAGUUAUGAAGUCCGCUGACUCGGUGCAAUUUCAAUCAGGGCGAUUUGACACAAAUUAGAUCCAAUCCGUUGAAUAAAAAUUAUUAUACUGUUAUUUUAUGUAUAAAAUAUGUAAAUUAAAAUACAAUGAGGAGUGGAUAAUAUCAGUUUUGUACGUAGGAAAGAAAUAUUAUAGCAUAUUUGAUAUGGUAUAGCGAGAGGUGUCUGUAUUAUCAUGAAUAAAAUUUAUUUUAUUUUCCUUUUUUA